AGCCUUUUAUCUUAGCAACAGACAAUGCUUCCAAAUCAGCUCUCUCCCCAAAGGGCGAGCCUCUCUGAGCACUAAUCCUGCAGAAGGAAAAGUACGAGAGAAGAGGCAUAAAGACAAUAUGCUCCGACCUCACUUAAGACAAAACAAAGCUAAGCGGGAGGCAGCCAAAGAUGACAGGAUCCAUGCCACCACUGGUGGAAGAGGGGCGACACUAAGCCCUGUCUCUCCCACGAACAACAGAAUCUCACAGCACGGCGAGGCGAGAGGACACCAGAUACUGGACAAAUUCCUGCUCUGUCAAAUAACGUGUCAAUGCUGGGUGAGGAGCAGGGAGUAGAGCCUGCUAGCCCCUCUCCUGAGAAGUCACAAAGGAGGUGAACAGGGCAGUUUCCGAACUGCCACCCUGGAGGAAGCCAGACUGCAGCCUUCUGGAAGGCGGGCUACUCUCUACUACAAAACACGUCCUUGCAGACAGGGAACGUAUCAAGGCCAAAGUGGUCAGUUCAUUUUAAUCAACCAGCGAAUAUGCUGUAGAAGCCCCAGGAAGGAGCGGACUUUGGAGCUGAUGGUAAUUAGGCCCCUGCCCUACUUUCUAAAAGUCGUGUUUCCCUGCCAAGGAACCUGCUCCAGGCCUUAUGAGAACAAAGUUGGUCCAAGGAGUCUAGGAGGUUCUGCUCAGGGUAACAGCCUCUCUAAAAACAGCCUUGCCCCUCGGCCUUACCUUACUGGGCUAACUGCUGCCACCACAGCUGUCUGAGCUGGCACAGAGCACCACCAAAACCAGCCCGGCCUCGCUGGAGGCAACAGGUGCUGAGACUCGGAAGGCAAAGGGUCACCAGCAACCUGCCAGGCUUCGAAAGUCAACUUGGUAGUGCGACAACCUAUAAGGUGCAGAGAAAACUGUACUCUCUGGGUGGGGGUGGGGGUGGGGGGGCAGAGAUGGGAAGCACCCAACCAAGAGCCCAGCUCCAACCCUGGCCACCCCAACCAACUUCUCCCUCGGUUGCCAGCUCCCAGCUCCAGGGCAACCUCAAAGCUGGGAGACAGUACCCAUACUGAAGGAGUCGCUACUGCCAGAACCCUGGGAGAGGAUGGACCUGGAGCAAAAGGAGCUUGCCAGAUGUGAUGGCAAGUGGGGAAGAGGGCCCCUGACCACCACCAACCCAAAUGGGGGCAUCUCCCCGCUGGGGAGGGUAGCCUCCUACAAGACCACUGAGGGGGCGGGGGCAGGCUUUCGCGGGCCACGCCUUAGUCUCUCAGGCUCUCAGCCAGAACAGAAGGUACACAGGCCCACAUACACCUAGGCCCGCCUUCCCAGCAAGGCGAGGGGCAAUGGGCCAGCAUCCAUUCAACAGGCAGCUCCGGCCAACAAGGUGAUAGUUGUGCAACUCAGGCCAAGUGGCCACCAUGAGGGAGGAGCUGCAGGAGGAUGUGGCCAAGCCCUAGAGACCUAGCAAGGACACCAGCCAAGAAGCAGAAGACAAGCCAGCACGCACACCAUCUCCCGAGACAGAGGCACACCACCGCCUGCAGUCUACCAUCGAGUCCCGCUCCUCGCAAUCAAUGAGGCCUUGCAGUUGGGGGAGGCAUGAAAAUGGCCAGGGCAACCUCCUCAGCCUCACAGAAGAGAAGAGUCAGGGCCCAUCUGGCCCGCUGCGGGGCCACUGGAAUUCACCUCCUACAUCAGACCGCCAAUUUGAAGAGAGACACUGCAGAAGUAAAUGCCGAAAGGGGGAGGCAGCAACGCCUUGGGUCCCCAAGCCUCCUGCACACGCUGGGAGACGGUUACCCACCGAGGCACACAACUCGCCAGAGGAAAAAGGCAGAACGUUCCUCCGCUCGUGCCAGCCAAUCAGCGGGAGCCCCGGCUUCCUCUGGCCUGCCCCCGCCACGCUGCUGGGCCGGGCGGCGGCCGCCUCGUGGGCAGCGUGGAGAUCACGGGACUUCUUCCUGCUGGCUGCUGGCUCAGCGGGGAGGCCGAGGAGCGUUUGGCAGAAGCUGUUUAUCUGAAUUCUGGAAGAACCGUGGAGGCCGCCGCUCUUUUAAAUGCUCUGCCUUGAGUCACACCUAGGCUUCCAGAUGAAGCCUGAGUCGGGGCGGGCCCUCUUCCAUGUGGCUGUGGCCAGCUGCCUGUGCGCCGCCACCGUCUAUGCGGGCCUUUUCCAAGGUGUCCUCGUCCAAGUGGGCUAUGAGCACUAUGCCGAAGCACCGGUAGCCAGCCUCCCCGCCUUGCUAGCCAUGCCCUUUAACUCGCUCAUUAACGUGGCCUAUGUGCUCCUAGGAAUGUACUGGCUACAGAGAGAUGCCAGCGCGCCGGGGCGCCCCGUAGAGGUGCAGAGGGUUCGGUACAUGAAGGACGUUUUUGCUGGCAUGGCCCUGGUCUAUGGCCCCGUUCAGUGGCUGCGGAUCGCGACACAGACGUGCCCUGCUGCCGUGCUCGACCAGUGGCUCACCUUGCCCAUCUUCGCAUGGCCAGUGGCCUGGUGCCUCCUUCUAGACAGGGGCUGGAUGCCCUGGGGCUUCCUCACCAUCGAGUGCCUCUCCCUGUGCAGUUACGGCCUUGCCCUGCUGCACCCCUGGGGGUUCGAGGUCACGCUGGGUGUACACAUCGCAGCCACUGUGGGCCAGGCCCUGCGUGCCCACAGGCGCUAUGGCAGUACCUCCUCGGGAACGUACUUGGCUCUGGGUGUGCUCUCCUGCCUUGGCUUUGUGGUUCUUAAGCUGUAUGACCGUCGGCUCGCACGGUGGCCUCUCUUCCAGCGGCUCACAGGCCACUUCUGGUCCAAAGUCUGUGAUGUGCUCCAGUUCCACUUUGCAUUCUUGUUUCUAACAAAUUUAAACACUCGCCAAAGACUUCCUCCUGAGGGGAAGAUGCAUUAAAGUAUGGAAAGAAGCUACUUACAGCCGCUGCCCCCCACCAUCGAUGUGGACAUGGACUAACAGAUGACACUCUGUCAUCAGUGUUCAGUUUCCUGGGUGUGAGAAGACAGGGUGAUUACACGGAAGACUGUCCCUUCCUUCAAAGUGAUGGGCUUCCGUAUUUAGGGGUGAAAUGUUAUACUCUCUGCAACUUAACUUUCAAAGAGAUAAAGCAAAUAUCUAGGUUCAGGGGAUGUGGGGUUUAUUAUACUAUUCUUGUAACUUUUCUGUAAUUUGAAAUUUUUCAAAAUAAAAUGUUGGGGGGAAUGACCCCAAGAAAUCCAUCACA